AUGGCGGAGCCUCUCCCCGAGGUGCAGGGUGAGGCGCGGCUCACGGACGCCGAGAUGGCGCGGACCAUAAUCGAGGUAAGAGGUACUGCCGCCUCCCUACGAGCCUCACAGACGCGUUUCUUUUAUGGCAUGCCCUGCUUAUACAGUACUACCCUUAUGAAAACCAGUUGAUAUUUGUCACAGGAAAUGGAAAAAACUCCCUGUCUUCUGCUAUAUAAACCUCGUUCUUGUGUAACCGUGGCCUUCGUGACCUUCUACCCGGUGCCAAAAUUAUUUUCCGCCAUAUUUCAUACCCAUCCCUGCAACUUAAACUGCCCUCCUCUUCCCCUGAAAUUAAGAAACCCAUCACUGCAUGUCUUUCGACACCUACUUUACUGAUGACCCUGCUUACUGAUAUCCAGGUGCACAGCAAGGCUGCUUUGUUGUUCUCAGCUUUGAUAAAUGACGAGGUUCAGGAGAACAUUUUCUGGCCCGAGUUGUCGUAUUUAACUGACGAGCACGGAGGUUAUUGCUGCUCUUGCUCUUUGAAAUCAUGAUUUCCUUGUAGUCAACUGUUCCUCUUUUUUAUUGCGUCUUAAAAUAUAUUCUGUGACUAUCGUGUGAUUCAUCUAAUCCCGUCUCUGCAGAUAUUUACUUUGAGAUGAAAGAUGACGAGGAUAUUUUGCAGACUCUAAAUGCUGAUGAUAAAUUAGUGGUAAGGGGCAUUUAAAUCCCCAUAUAUAUUGUUCUGUUGCCCUUUUGUUAAUGUUUUGUUCUCGAACCAGCAAGUAAUUGUAGGCUUGGACAACAUUGAAAGGCUCUCAGAAAUGGAUUUAUUAGGACCUUCCAAUGUUGAUUUCGGUAUUGAAGAUAUCACAAAUGAGGAUCCCGACAUUACUGAUGAUUAUGAACAGGUAAAGUCUUUGAACCCCUGUAAUCUGCUGGAUUUGUUUCGACGAGAUAAUUCAUUUCAAUUGUCAAGCUUUCUUCAUAAUGCCUCUAUAAUGCAUAUGUAGGAUUAUGUAUCGGUGAUUGAUGACGAUGAUGAUGAUGGACAGUAUGAUGUUGUCCUCAAUGACAACGAAGAUGAUGAUGACUAUGAUGACGACGAUGAUGUGGAUGUGAUUUCUUCUGAACCAUUUGGCGAUUGGACAAAUUUAGAUACCUUAAAAUCUGCUCAUCCAAUGUACUUUGCUAAGAAAAUAUCAGAGGUAUGCUUCUCAGAGAAGUAUGAACAGUAUGUAUCCUGAUGUUGUAGUGUAGGAACAGGCAAUUCCGCUAACUUUUACGUAUUUAUUCUUUCAAAUCCAUAUAAUGUGCUAUUCUAAAACCAAAACCGGCGAAUCUAGUAUACAUUUUUAUUCCUUUGAUGGGUUUCUGGUUAAUUGGUUCCUUAUUCCAGGUUGUAUCAAGCAUCCAUUUAGAUUGGAUGGAACAGCCACCUGCUAGCCUUGUCAUCCAAGGUCUUCUGAGACCUACCAUUGUUGAAGACAGCUUUGUCUCUCGAAAACCAAACCAGUCAGGUUAGUAACCUAUACUUGACUGGGAAAGCACUGUAGCAGUGCUAGAUUGUUUAUGUUUGGAUACCACAAGCAUGGGAAAAAAAUUAGUCCACAGCCUCAUCUCAAGAAACUGCAAAUUUAUGCAGAGAAAGCAGGGAGAGAAGAGAGCCUUCAAAGCGGAACGUCGUUUUAUAAGCUGGAAAUCAUCAACAUAUAUCUGGUCUCUGCAUAUGGCAGUCAGGCAAGUUUCUGAUUAUCUGAUAUCAAACGCUUUAGCAAUUAUCACAUUUGGGUCCCGGCAUGCAGUUAAAGUGUUUUUGCUCUUAAUUCCUUUCAGGCUAAAACCCAGAUCGGUCUAUGCAAAAUUCUAUAGUCUGUCCUGUUUCUUACCUUUUUAUUAGACCCUUAGAUUCCCCUUUCAUUGUGGGUUAAUUUUCUAUUGUACCAUAUUUGUGGUUUCCUUUUUCGUCGACUAAUUUUUUUUUUAUACUGGUGUCCCAGUGUUCAUAUUUGUUGCAUAACUAUUGGUGUAACAAGCAUUUCAAAUUGCAAGAGGCUACUUAUUCAGUUUAUCUCAUUGGUAAUUUAUCAUCAUGCAAGAAGGAAGAACCACGAACCAAACAACAUGAUAUAUUGAGUGAUUUUUUAUUAUCCUGAAUAUGGAUAAAAGUUAUGUAUUUUCUUUCAGUUUGCGUCCUAUCCUUGCUUCAAGGCAUAACAACUAAAUUUCAUCACUUCCAGUCUUUAGUAAAAAUUGAAGACUUUCGCAAAGCUCAGCCAGACAUUCUCGCACAUUCAGCAGCUAAAAUUAUUUCUCGCUUGAAGUCUUGUGGUGAUAAGAUUAUUCAAGCUCUUAAGUCCCUUUGUCUCAGGUCCAAAGGUCUCCAUGUUGAGGUAAUGUGAUAAUUUUUUUAUUCCGUGUUUAUGGAAAUCUUGUGUUUUAUGUGCACUGAGAAAAAAUCUUCAUUGCAACUUUUGAAGAUUGAGAAGACUUAUAUCCUACCAGAUUUUAACACUUUGUUAGCGUGAAAGUUGUGUACAUUGGCUAUUCUGAGAAAUUACAUGUAUGGUCAAGAUACAUAGGUCGUCCACUCAUCAGUACAUUGGCUAUCAGAUGGAAGGUCUUAGUCGUGUUAGUGUGAUAUCAUAAUUCUUGGCUUUUUUGUAAGAUCUAUUCAUCUCGUUUCCAUUAUCUACAUAAUAGGGUCUAAAGGCAUCAGCUUGUACGUGAACUCUACAUCCUGAUGCUAACCUUCUAUCCAUAAUUGGUACUAUCCACAUGAUAACAUCCUGCAAGAACCGACCUGCAUGUUAGAACAUUUUCACAUGGCAUGUGGCCAAUUAAACUUGGGGUCAUAACAUACAGAUCGGCACCAGUUGUUGCCAACAUUAUUGUAUUUAACAGCCUAGAUCUUUCUCUGGGACAGACUAUUUUAACCCAGUAUGCGUUGUCUUGUACCUGUGAUUUUGCCUCAGUAAUGCAAUAGUCUCCUUGACCGGUGCCUCAAAUCUUAAUCCUUAAAUGGUCCAGUUGGCCUAACUGAGUCAACUUCUUUUUCGAGGGCAGUACUCAGACUUGGAUUUGUUGGGAUUUCUUGACCUCUAGUCACACCUGGUUGGUGGCAUUUUGAACUUUCACAGUUCUGAGACAUAGGAAAUAGGAUAUGAAAAUCUUAACGAUGUCUUUACUUUUCUUCUUCCUCAUUUUAUUUCAUUGACAACUUCCAGUAUCUUGGAACUGAAUCAGUUAUUGAUGCGCCAAGAGCAUCUCUGAGCUUUAUUUUUUUCCUUUGAAUCAUGUUCUCCUUAGCUAUGCUUAUCUUGCUACGAGCUUUCAGAAAGCUAUAGCUUUUACACAUUUCUGUAGGAUUCUUCCUUACAGGAGAUGGUUUCCUUCAGAUGGAAUCCCUGGGCUAUUUAUAGUGAUUCAGAUAAAUUCAUUGUGAGGACAUGCUAGUCGUUUUAAUAGGCUACUGGUGGAUGCCUCCUGCAAGAGGACUAAUCAAGAGGGAUAUCAACUUUGAUAAUAGACCUUGAGGUGUCUUCAUCUUGCAUAAACCAACAAGACCCGCAAGUUAGCAUCAAUUUCUCAUUACUUUUUCUACAAUCUCCUUAAAGCCUUCUUUUGGAAGUUCUAGGUCGUAGGAAAAUAGUGUAAUUAGUUGAGGGUGUUUUUGGAAAAGUGUCUAGGAUUUCUCCCUAUGUUAAGGGGUGUAAUGGUUGAAUGGAAUUGAGGUGGUUUCCGCCAUUCUCCCCUGUCCUCCGUGACAGAGGUCGUUUCUCCAUUUUCCAAAACCUUCCAAAGUGGAAUGAAUUAAAUUGCAAAAGAAUUAUAGCUGGAUACAGUAAAGCAAAAAAUUGAAAACAGAAAAAAAAACAUGAAAAUUAUACCUCCAACUUGAGUGGCAGUAAACUAUUAGCUCUUCUUUUUUCAUCCAUUACUGAUCAACUUGAGUUGAUUAUACAAUGUUCCGAAUUCUUUUAAUUUUAUGGCUGUCUUAAUAUUUUCAUAAUGAAUUUCUUUUUCUAGACCCAAUUCGGAGGAACUUCUUUUGUUGACCAUUUCGAGAUUUUAUGUGCCUAUUGUGUCUUUCAUGAUUACAUCUUACUUAACCUAGUGAUUCAUGGUGCAUAUAAUUGUUGACAGGAAGUCUUUCUCAGUGGAUUGGAUAGUCUUGGUUUUGAUUUGAGGGUGUGUUCUGGAACACAAAUCCAGACAUUACGAUUUUCAUUUAGAUUACAGGUAUUUCACGUAUUAUUUUCUUUGCACCAUUGCUUUUGUUUGAAUUACCAUCAACGGAGGUCCAAAGACAUGAUAUUUAAUGAGCCUUCUUUUUUACUAUGCCUGUUAUAGAGAGAGUGCUUGGGCACAGAGAGAAAAUGAAAAGAUAUAUUAUGAUAACUGCACUAUAAUCCAAGUUGGAUAAAGAUCCCAAAUAUUGGGUGAUAGCAAUUCUGGCCCAAACUCUUCAAUUAUUUGUCUGUUGGUGUACCUUGAAUUAUUGUACCUCACAUGUCUCUCUUUAUUAUCUCACGUGUCACAUGUCAUGUUUUUCCUUUUCUGAUUUCUAGUGUUUAAAACCUUCAGGAGGGUCUGAUAUAAAUACCAGAACCCUGCCAUGGGAUGUAACAUGAAAAAACAUUAUUUCUCAUUGUUGAAUUCAACCUCCCAAUCUUCACUAGGAAAAUUGAAUGAGGAUCAACAUGGUAUUAGAGCCAAUUCAGGUUUGGUUGCUCUUUUAUUUUUCUCUAUUUGGGAGAUUUAUUUUUUUGUUGUCCCUUUCUUGAGGACAUCUGAUCAUUGAUUGGAAACCAACUUGAGCAUUUCCUCUUGUUUCUUUUCUUGAGCCUAUGUCAGAAGUAGGUGACACCUCUAUUACCUUAAUGGAUUCUAAUUCUGGAACAUCAAGAUUGGUGAUAGAACUUCCUACUAUGCCCAUGGAAUUCUAGUUAACCAGUUAUAUCUUAACUUAGUGAUCAUAAUAUAUUAGGGAUGUUCUGAUUGGAUGAGGGAUGCUACAUCAUUUGGAGGAUAUGACACCAGACUUCUCGUCACGUCAAUUUUGGAGGUGGUGGGAGGAGGAUGCCUUAAUAAAGACUUGGAUCUGGGUAAUUAUGAUUCCCCAAAUCAGUCGAAAUUUUGUUUUUCUUGGCUACUGCCAAAGACUUAUGGGAAACAAUUCAUAUGAAAUGCUUGAAGAAAAAUAACAAGCCACACAUAUCUAAUGCUGAGAGAACCAAGUUAGUAUUGGAAUAUCCUAGGGAAUUGAAAAACCUAUGGCAAGAACUUGAUUAUUAUCUCAGUGUUGGAAUUAAAAACCCUAGUGAGCUUGUUGUUUUGGGAAUUUCUUGUUAUAUUAAACCAUGUGUUUGAUCAUGUCAGACAACAAAAUUUUAGGAUGCAAGUCACACUAUACCUUGAUGAGGUGAUCCUAGUUGUCCUAAGUAAAGAAAUGCAUCAAUUGUCUGGACAAGAUAUGGAUAAUGCUGCAUUUGUGGUCAAGCUUGGGUUCACUAUGGAGAAGGUUGCAGAUCCGAGCCACUCUUUGUAUAAGGAAAAACUCAAAAGUCCGACUAUAAAGGAAGGUAUUGUAGGAAAUCCCAUCAUACUAGGAAUAGAUGUUGGAAACUCCACCGUAGGUCAUAGAAUUUCAGUUUGGAGAAUCGUACGAGUUAGGUGCAUCUAGCAACCGAUCCAUCCACUAGACAAAAUAGAACAACCUCUUGUUGAAUUGGAAAAACUAAACUUGACGGUGGCACAGUAAUCACAACUCACAUUAAUAAGAUUGAUGAGUUCCACUGUCUUUGAAUUCAAGAUCCAUCUCAAAACAUUACUAAAUGUUAGGUAAUAAGCUCGAGAACAAUGAACCAUACGACAAACUCUUCCCAUCACUUUGUUACAUACACUUUGCUCUAGUAGCUAGAAAUUGUCUACUAUUUAUGGUACACUUAUCACAAUUGUUAGUAUUGGUGACCUCACCUUUGAACCUCUUAGACAUUGUAUCAAAGAAGUCCAUGCUCCUGAACUAUUUACCAACCUCACUUUUGAUAAUAAAUCAGUCAACAAUUCACCUUAUUAUGCUUUUUUUGUGAAGAUAUUUAUGUUAUUUGAUAAGGUUUGGCAAUGGAGGAUGGGAAUUACUAGAGAAUGUGGGGGACUCUACUUCUUAAGGGGGACUCAGUCAAACCUGUCUUGUGGAAAUAGAGUGUCUUUAAAGUAUCCCAAAGUUCUUUCUCACAUUUGGCUCCUUCCUUGAUUCAAAAGUUUUCCAUGGAGUUUCCAUCUCAGUUCACGAGUAUAACGUGGUUUUCUUACACUAAGUGCACCAUAGGCCAUUCUUAUGGCUGAUCUUAACAACUUGUGUUGUCUCGAGAUCUGGCCAUCCUCCCUUCAGCACCAUGAAAAAUUAUUUCGCUUGAUUGUUCCAAAACGUGUUUUUAGUCACACUCAAAUGUGAUACAUGUGAACUCUCCAAACAUACUCAUACAUCCUUUCAAACAAUAGGUGAAAGAAGUGAAAUCCCAUUCUUCCACAUCUAUGGUGACAUUUGGGGACCAUGUCCCAAUGUUGAUCUGUUACAAAAUAAAUGAUUUGUUACCUUUAUUGAUGAUUGUACUUGAUUUAUUUAGAUAUUUCUUCUCAAGUAGAACUCAAAUGUUAUAUCUGCAUUGAAACAUUUUUGUGCAAUGUUGAAAGUCAUUCUAGUACAUCUACUAAGAGAUUUAGAAAUGAUAAUGUUAAAGAAUACUUUUAGUCACAAUCUAAACUGUUUCUUUCAAUUGGAAGGUAUCAUACACGAGUAUUCUUGUGUUUAUACACCUCAGCAAAAUAGAUUAGGAAAAUUAAAAAAAUGGCAUCUCUUAUAGGUUACAUGAUCCCUUUUGUUUUAUAAACAUGUAUUAAGAUUUUUUUGGGGUGAAGGCAUCCUAACUGCAACUUAUUAACCGUCAUGGUGUGAGAUUAUUAAAUUUUCUCAGUCUUUUGGACAUGUUAACCUCUGCUUUUCCUACUGAUCAAAUUACAAAGUAUUAUUGUGUUUAUACACCUCAGCAAAAUAGAUUAGUAAAAUUAAAAAAAUGGCAUCUCUUAUAGGUUACAUGAUCCCUUUUGUUUUAUAAACAUGUAUUAAGAUUUUUUUGGGGUGAAGGCAUCCUAACUGCAACUUAUUAACCGUCAUCGUGUGAGAUUAUUAAAUUUUCUCAGUCUUUUGGACAUGUUAGCCUCUCCUUUCCCUACUGAUCAAAUUAGAAAGUACAUUGGUGUCAUGAAUAUUUGUUCAUAACUAAAGGUAAACUGGAUCCACGAGCCCUCAAGUACAUUUUUCUUUGAUAUUCAACCAUUCAAAAAAAGGUUAUCGCUGCUAUCAUUCUCCUACUCAUAAGUUUUUCACAACAAUAGAUGUUACAUUUCAUAAAUCUGAAUCCUAUUUCUAAAAAAAAUUCUUCAACAUACCUAUAUCGUAUCACCAUAUAGCUGAUUUGUUUUACUCCCCUUUGGUAAGUAGGAUGCUUGUGUCAAUUUCAAUAUUUCUAAAAAAUCUUACUCUACCUUAUCUGCUUCCUAAACAUCUCAGAUUGAACCGAGUUUAUACCAAGAUAAGAGCACCUCUAAUUCUAUAUCAUCCUAAGAUCCUAAGCCUAUCUUAGAUGAUAUCCAAAAUACUUCAUCUGCUCUUUCAUCCAAUACCAACCAUCCACAUCCUAGUUCACUUCCUAUUGCCCUACAAAACUUUCAUGAGCAUGCCCAUUUCCUCUCUUAUCAAAAAAAUUCUCCCACGUAUAGGUCUUUUCUUACUACCCUGGAUCCUACUUCACUUCCUAUUGCCCUGAAAACCUUCCAUGAGCAUAUGCCCAUUUCCUCUCUUAUCAAAAAAUUUCUCCCACUUAUAGGUCUUUUUUUACUACCCUAGAUGAUACUACAUUUCCAAUUAAUCAAACUAUUUAUGAAGGAGUGAAAAUAAGCUAUGGAUGAAGAAAUAAAUGCUCUUGAAAGAAAUCAAACUUGAGAUCUUAUGGUUUUGCCCAAGAUAAAAAGGUAGUUAGCUAUAAGUGAGUGUAUUAUGUGAAAUAUAGAGUUGAUUGCUCAACUGAUUGUAUAAGUUCAAACUAGUUGUUAAAAGCUAUGCACAGAUACAUGGAGUUGACUAUCAAGAAACAUUUUUUAUUGUGGUGAAAAUGAACAUAUAGUUAGAGUAGGAACUAUUUUAAAUUGGAACAUCCAACAAUAUGAUGUAAAGAAUAAUUUUCUUCACAUCCAUCUUACUAAUGAAGUUUACAUGACUCUUUUACUUGGCUAUGAAGGACAACUAUCACCGAAUAUUGCGUAAGCUCAAGAAGUCCUUGUAUGGACUUCAAUAAUCUCCUCAUACUUAGUUUGAGAGUGUACUCGAUAUAACACGGUCUGGAGCUCUGAUAGGCACCCAGCACUCGUGGAAGAAGAACUCUAACUCUUUAUUGAUCAAAAACUGUUUACAAGGAGAGCGGGAUCUAAUAUUUAUAUCAGAUCCCUAGAAGGUUCUAGACACACUGAUAUAACACGAAAUGAAAGGUACAUGAGGACAUAUAUGUAAACUUGUAAGGUAUACAUGUUAUUAAGUACAUCUUGACAACACUCCCCCUCAAGCUGGUGAAUGGAUAUCGUCCAUUCCCAGCUUGGGAAUAAUCUUCUACAGUUGUGUCCCCGAGAUGCCUUUAGUAAGCAUAUUUGCCAACUGAUUAUUUGUUGGAAUGUAUGAUAUACAAAUCACAUUGGCCUCAAGUUUCUCUUUGAUGAAAUGACGAUCAAUCUCCACAUGCUUGGUACGAUCAUGCUAUACUGGGUUGUGCACUAGAUUGAUUGCUGGCUUAUUGUCACAAGAAAUCUUUAUAGGACUGAAUAAAGGAAUUUGCAACUCGUCAAGUAAGUUCUUGACCCAAAGUAACUUACAUAUUCCUUGAGCAAGUGCCUUAAAUUCAGCCUCAACACUUGAUCGAGCAACUACAUUCUAUUUUUUACUCCUCCAAGUGACAAGGUUGCCACCAACAAAAGUAAGAUGACUGGAGGUUGACCUUUGAUCAAUCGUUGAGCCUGCAUAUCAGCAUAUGUAAACAUCUCAACCUCCACCUUUCCACUUCGUUUAAAAAGAACUCCUUUUCCUGUUGUGCCUUUCAAAUAAUGUAGCACUUGGUAGGCAGCAUGUAAAUGACACUCUUUAGGUUGAUGCAUAAAUUGGUUCAAUAUACUCACUGCAUAUGAGAUAUCUGGUCGAGUGUAUGUUAGAUAAAGUGGUCGGCUAAUGAGACGUUGAUACAUCUCAUGGUCAAUAGAAAUUUCUUCAUCUGCCAUAUACAAUUUUUGGUUUGGAUCAAUAGGUGUAUUGGUUAGUUUACAUGCAGAUUUUCCUGUUUAAGCUAAUAAAUCUGUUAUGUACUUUCAUUGAGAAAUAAAAAUGUCUUUAGAAGAAUGUGCCACUUCGAUUCCUAAAAAAAUACUUGAGUCAUCUCAAAGUCUUGAUAUCAAACUCUUGGGCCAAACAAUUGCUCAAGUUUUGGAUCUCCCCUUCAUCAUUUCCUAUGAUGAUAAUAUCAUCAACAUAAACUAAUAGAACUUUAACUCUUCCUGAAGAAGAGUGUUUAAAAAAUAAUGUGUGAUCAGCAUUACUUAGGUUAUAAUUCAGUUUCUUCAUGGCUACUGUAAACCUUCCAAACCAUGCAUGUGGAGACUGUUUGAGGCCAUAAAGGGAUUUGUUUAACUUGCAAGCAAGAUUAGAUGAACGAUUACCCUCAUAUCCUAGUGGAAGAGUUAUGUAGACUUCUUUAACCAAAUCAUCAUGCAAGAAUGCAUUUUUAACAUCAAAUUGUUGAAUAUUCUAACUGAAAAUUGCUGCUAAGGACAAUAAAAAACGAACUGUAUUCAUUUUGGCCACUAGUGCAAAAGUUUCUUGAUAAUCUAUUCCAUAUAUUUGUGUAUAACCCUUAACCACCAGCCGGGCUUUAUACGUCUCAAUCGAACCAUCUGAUUUAUAUUUCACUGUGUACACCCAUUUUGCAACCAAUAGUUUUCUUAUCUCGUGGUAAUUCCACUAGAUCCCAUGUUUGCUUUUUUGUAAGAGCUCUCAUCUCCUCACCUAUGGCUUGUUUCCUCUUAGGAUUGGAUAGAGCUUCCGAGAGAUUUUUUUGAAUGGUAAUGGUGUCCAAGGAUGCAAGGAAUGAUUGAUAGGGUGAAGAAAGUUUGUGAUAAGACAGAAAAUUGGCAGCUGGGCACAAGGGUGUUUUUGUACACUCCCUAAUAGGUUUGCGCAGGGAAAUGGGAAGUGAAUCAUGUGGUAGGACUGCAGGAUCAUUAGAUGAAGGAGAUGCUAAUGGCUGUAUAUUUUCUAAGGCCAGAUCAGAAUCUUGGAUUUUUGGUGAGUCGUGAAUUUUCCCUCACCAAGAAUAAACCUUGGCAAAUCUUAGGUUUUCAGGAAGCAAAUUCGAUAUAAGACUGGGUAUUUCAGGGAUUGAAAUGGGAAUGAACAGGUUACUAGCUGAAGACGAGAGUGAAGAAUCUACAUGUUGAUCCAUAUGAGCUGUAGAAAAUAGAUGUUGAUCACUGGAUGGAGAUUCUUUAAAAUAAGAAUCAGAUUCAUGAAAUGUAAUAUCCAAUGAAAUAAUUUUUUUUCUAGAAGGAGGGUGGUAACAUUUGUACCCCUUUUCAUUAGUAGCAUAACCAAGAAAUACACAUUUAAGUGAUCUCAGUUCUAAUUUACCUUUGGUUUGAUUAUGAACGUGAACAAAAGAGACACAACCAAAUGUCUUAGGUUCUACCCUAGUUUUAAGUUGAUGGUCUGGGAAAAACUUGGUUAAUGAAUCUAAUGGGCUAAGGAAGCCUAAGGUUCUGGAUGGUAAUCGGUUGAUAAGGUAUGUGACUGUUAGAACAGCCUUCCUCCAGAAAGCUUUAGGUACAUGAUGCUGAAAUAAAAUUGAUUGAGUGACUUCUAAAAGAUGACGAUUUUUCCUUUCAGCUAAACCGUUCUGCUGUGGGGUAUGGACACAGGAGGAUUCAUGUAUGAUCCCCUCUGUUUGGAAGUAUAAAUUCAGAUUUUGGCUAAAAUACUCUUUUGCAUUAUUAGAUCUGAAUUUUUUAGUACUAGUGCCAAACAGAUUUUUUACCAUGGCACAAAAAAAUUUCAGAACAUCACACACAUCAGAUUUUUGUUUGAGAAGGAAGACCAACAUACAUCUUGUACAAUCAUCAAUGAAAGUGGCAAAUCAUUUAUUACCACGAAUGUCAUUAAUGGGACAUGUUCUCCAAAUGUCACUAUGAAUUAGGAAGAAAGGAACAUCACUCCUUUCCUCUUGAGAUUUAAAUGAAGUACAUGUAUGUUUAGAAAGUUUACAAAUAUUACAUUUAAGAGUGUUCAAUGACACCUUUUUAAACAAAGUAGAAAAAACUAUUUUCAAAGUGCUAAAGGAUGUGAUGGAUGACCCAUCCGUUGGUGAAGUAAUCGUAUCUUAAGGACAUCUUCUAGAAGUUCUAGAGAUUGAUGUGCUUCCACUAAAUGUGUUUGGCUCAGUCCUUCUAGAAAAUAAAGACCUUCAUGCUCUACAACAACUCUAAUCCUCUGAUGACGUACCUUAUCAAAUAUGACACAUACAUCUUCAUCAAAAAAGCCACGAUAAGGUGAGUCUCUAACAAGUUUUUUAACUGAAAUGAGGUUUGUAAAUAAUUUGGGGACAUGAAGAACAUUAGUAAGAACCCAUAGAGGUUCAAGUCUAAUGUCUCCUAUACCUGCGACGGUUAGAAAGGAUCUGUCUGUAGUAGUCACUUUUCUGUCACUAGGACAUGGGUUGUAUUUGGUGAAAAGGCUGGGGGAGUUGGUCAUGUGGUCCAUUACUCCUGAGUCCACUACCCAAUUAUUAAAAAUAUCUCUAGAAGAAACUCUUAACUCCAAGGUAGUGGUUUAACAUACUAGGCUGAAUUGAUGAGAACUGUGUCACUGUCAACUUCAGUUUUUCUAACUCAAUUCGAAGUUGUUUUAUAUCCUCAAUCUGAGGAGAAGAAAAAUGUUGAUUGAUUUGGGAAUCUGAAGACUGACUAGUUGGUAAUCUUGCUGCCAAAUGUGAUUGACUGUCAUAUUUUUCAGUGCCAAAAUUUUGUGGUUUACCAUGUAGGUUAUAACAUCUGUCUCUAGUGUGACAAGCUUUCCUGCAAUAUGCACACCACAGAUUAUCACGAAAAACAGUCUUCUGAUUUCUUCCUUGUCCAUGUUGGGGCUGUUUAGCUUGAUCUGAGGCUUUCUUCAUAAUUUCUCACUGUUUAAUUAUAAAUGCAGUAUUAUCAACUUCAGGCAUUGACAACAUUAAUUUCCGACGACUCUCCUCAUUUAAAAUGUUGGAAAUAGCUUCAUCCAAAUCAUAUUUCCUUUCACGACUCAAAAUCUAUUGUUUGACUUGAUCAAAAACAUAAUUAUGUCCAGCCAAAAAUUUAAGCACUCUUCUUCAUAUUAUAAAAUGUCAUAGGACAAAAAUUUCUGCAGGUUUUUCUGUAUCAAUGCUUAGAUAAUAAUCGAUUUUCUGUCAUAAAAAUUUCAAUUCUCCUGUAUAUUCCAUCACAGAUUUAUUUCCUUAAAUUGUGGACAUAGAUUUUGUCUCAAGUUCAUAUAAUGUGCUUCAUUAUUUCUUUGUGAGAAUUUUGUGUGAACUGUUUCCCACAUAUCUUUGACUAUAGAUAGAAAGAAAAAUUCUUGGCUAAUUUGAGGAAUCAUUAUUCCCCAAAGCCAGGUUUUGAUUAAUGCAUCUUCUUCUCUCCAUCUACAAAAUUCUCGAGACAAUGGAUCUGGUUUUCACUCAAUCAGAUGAUGUAACAUCCCUCUUCCAAUCAAUACCUCUCAAACAUAUUUUGACUAUUGAAUCAAAUUGUAUCCAGUCAAUUUGAACUCUGCAGGCAUUGCAGGAACUUCUAUGACUAAUCUUGGACCACUUGGACCAAGAUUAACUUUUCUUGUGGAGAUUGGAUCCCCCACAGAUGAUGAAGAAUUGUCUCCCACAUUCUCCAUUUAAAGAGGAUGUCCAAAUUCACGAAAAAUUCAAAUUCGUGAACAAAUCUCAAUAGAGACAAGAAAAAAAUACUGUAAGAACCGUAACAAACCAGUAGAUCAGUGCGGAAGCAAAGAAAUGGAGCGAUCACACCUGGAUUCGCUCUGAAAGAAAUACAGCUAAGGAGAAGAUCCCUUGCCAGAAAUGUACGGCGCCUGUAACUCUAGCAGACGAUGGAGAGAACGCCGACAAAGCAGCGUCAACUGUGACGGUGCUGAGUAAUAGGUUUUUAAACCCUAGAAUGGCUCUGAUACCAUGUAGUCGAGAUAACACACGGGCUGGAGCUCUGAUAAGCGCCCAGCACUCGUGGAAGAAGAACUCUGACUUUAUUGAUCAAAAACUGUUUACAAGGAGAGCGGGAUCUAGUAUUUAUAUCAGAUCCCUAGAAGGUUCUAGACACAAUGAUAUAACACGAAAUGAAAGGUACAUGAGGACAUAUACUUGUAAGUAUACAUGUUAUUAAGUACAUCUCGACAACAGAGAGAUUUAUUGAAGUCAUGAGAAAAUUGAAUUAUUGUCAGAGUACACUUUGUCUUUUUUAGUUUUCAUCAAAUAGAGUUACUACUCUAUUAAUCUAUCUUGAUGAUAUCAUCAUUAUAAGAAUUCAUGCAACUGAACAAGAACACCUUAUCCAAUGUCUGGCCAAGGAAUUUGGUAUCAAAACUCUAGGCUGCCUUAAGUACUUUGUAGGAACAAGAACACCUAAAGAUGUCUUCAUAUCCUAGCAGAAGUCAGUGGCAGAUCUUCUAAAGGAUAUUGGAAAUAUGCAUGUAAAUGAGCAAAUACUCCCAUUGAUCCUAAUCACAAAUCGUUUGGCUGAAGAGGAGAAAUUUGUAAGCUGAGAGUUGUAUUAAUGUCUCAUUGGUAGGCUGAUCUAUCUGACACAGGCCAGACCUAACAUCUCCAUGCAGCAAGCAAUUAGGUUUUACAUUAUUAGAAGGGUAAUCUUGGAAAAGGCAUUCUCUUAAAGGGAGGCAAUAAGAUGGAGGUUAAAUAUAUAUAUAGAUGCAGACUAUGGUGGUUCAAUUCUAGAUCGCUGGUCAACCUCUCACAUGUCACAUCUCGUGCUUUUCUUUUUCUGUUUUCUGGUGUCUAGAACUUUCCAAAACCCCAUCUUGAGUUGUAACAUGAAAAAACAUUCUUUCUUAUUCUUGAAUUCAACCUCCACUCAUUUUGGGCACAUGGAUACUUUCUCAAGUGCAUCAGAAAAGUGAAUGAGGAUCGACAAUGUCAAAUCGGGAUUCUUUGAUAAUGGGUGUCAGUUGGUCUCUAGACAAUUCUUUCAGUUGGUCAACACAUUGUCUGCCUGAUCGGUUGAAUCAAAAUAGGUCAGAUUAAUUCCUAUAGCAUGCUUUCUUUCAGUUUUACGAGCUCUCUUUUCACACUCUGAGGUAGCCUUAUGAGUGUCAGUAGGGUCUGAGCCCAAACUUUGUAUUCUCAGAAUGUUUGACAGUUUUGUUUAUUUGGACUGAGGGAAGUGUCUUAUGAUUCUGUACACCAGUUUACUGAGUGAUAAAGAACUGUUGAUAAUUGAUCUUGAUUGAGGUUUGUUCAACUUGGGGAAUGAAGGAGUUCUCUUCAUGAUCAUUCUCUUCCAAGAAUAAACUCAGCCGCCACUUCUUGGAGUAGGGAACAUGCAAUCCAAUUAAUUCGUCGAUUAUCAUGAUUUCCCGUUGAAAUACGGGUCACAUGAGUUAAUGGACCAGACCCAUAACAUCAGUCUAUAAGUGGAUCCAUUAGUAGUCUAAUGGAUCCACUCGACAAGAGGAAUAAUGAGAAAGAACAAAAUACAAUGAAAAGAAAAUCAAAUAAAAAGGGAAAUCAUAGAAAGUUCAACACCCCCUCUCAAGCUGGGUAUAGAUGUUUUCCAUGCCUAACUUGGACACCAUCUUUUGAAAUAUUGGUCCUGUGAGUCCCUUUGUGAAAUGUCAGCAGCCUGUUCUGAUGUCCCAACAUAUAUCAGAUCCACAUCUUUAGUUUCUUUUUUUUCUUUGAUAAAAUGUCAAUUGAUCUCAAUGUUUUUACUUCUUUGAUGCUGUAUAGGAUUUCGGGUAAUAGCAUUGCUGCCUUAUUGUCGCAAAAUAGUUUGAUAUGAUUUGAUUGGUUGAUUCUCAAUUCAUCCAAUAAACCUUGAAUUCAUAAACCUUCACAUAUCCCUUGGGCCAGUGCCCUGAACUCUGCUUCAACAGUAGGUCGUGCAAUUACUUGUUGCUUCUUGCUCCUCCAGAUCACAAGAUUUCCACCAAAAAAUACACGGUAACCAGACAUUGAUCUGCAGUCCACAACAGACCCUACAUAAUUUGCAUAUGUGUAGAUUUUAAUAUAUAUAUUUCCUCCUUUUGUGAAUGGCAUGUCUUCUCAUGUUGUUGUCUUUAAUAUGCCACCACUCAAUAUGAUGCAUGUAGGUUUAUCACCCUUGGGUCCUUUAUAUGCUGACUGAGUACACGCUACAAAUGUUAUAUCUAAAUGGAUAUGAUUUAGAUAUACCAACUUCUCAAUCAACCGUUAAUACGAGCCUUUGUCCACCUGAUCGGAGUCAUUACCUUCUCCUAAACUUAGGUUGGGAUCAACUGGAGUGUUAGCAGGUUUACACUUCAUUUUUUAGUCUACUGAAGUAAAUUUAGAAGAUAUUUGUGAUGUGAAAGAGAUAUCCCUUCCUUUGAAUAUGCAACCUCAAUUCUCAAGAAAUAUUUUAGUCUUCUUAGAGAUUUGAUGUCAAAAUCUUUAGAUAGGUUUUGGCUAAGGCAUUUAAUCUCUUCAAUAUCAUCUCCUGCUAUAAUAAUAUCACCUACAGGCACAAUUAAGUUUGUACCCUUGUUUGGGGCGUCAUGUUUAAUAUAGAGAGAGUGAUCCUCAUUGCUUGUUACCUGCGUGAAUCCUUUCAUAGCUUGAGUGAAUCUCUCAAACUAGGCUCAGGGUGAUUGUUUCAAACCAUACAAAGAUUUCUUCAACCUGCAAACACUAUUAUUUUGACGAGUAAAUGUGUAACCUAGAGGUAUAUUCUUGUAAACCUCCUUCAAAUCUCUAUGAAUAAAUACAUUUUUCACAUCAGUUGAUGCAUUUCUCAUCUUAGAUUUGUUGCAAUGUUAUGAGUAUCCAUAUGAUAUUCAACUUUGCAACAAGAGCAAAUGUCUCAAAAUAAUUGAUUCGAUAAGAUUGUAAGUAGGCUUUAACCACCAACCUCGCCUUGUAUCUUUUCAAUGUUCCAUCAGCUUUAUACUUGGGAGUAUACACCCACUUAUAACCACUUAUUAUUCUUUCACCGAGUGCAUGAAAAGAAAAUUCUCAUACAUCUCUAGUGUUAUUGUACUUAGCAGCCACAUAUAGAUAAUAGCCUCCUUUGAUUACCAUCCUCUAUACUUUUAAUAUGAUUGUUUCAAUGGUUCUUCUAUAAAGUGAUUUAUUAAGCCUCUCCCAAGGAGUGUUAGAUCAAAAAACUGUUCUCAUUGAUGAAUAUUUAUCCCAUUAGAUGAAAGUUUCUCUAGGAUAUCUGAAAGGGUAUGAUAUAGUCUCUCCCUUUCUCCAGUCAUUGCUAGAGAUGUAAGUUCCAUGGAUGACAAAGAGACUUCCCUUGAAUGCAUUCUGAAAGUUUUUUUUCUUCAUCCUUUCUAAAACGCCUCAGUUCCACUACUUGCAAAAGGUUUGUCUCUUCAUUGGUGUCGCUUCAAGAAACAAGAUUCAAGAAACAAGAAGUAUCUGAUCUCACCAUAAUCAUCCUCGCUCUGAUACCAUGUUGAUAGUUGAUCUUGAUCAAGGUUUGCUCAACUUGGAGAAUAGAGUUGAUCUUCACCUCCUCUUCUAGGAAGAUGAACUCAGCCGCUACCUCUUGGAGUAAAGUUCCCGCAGCCCAACUAAUUUAUCGAUUAUCCUGAUUUCCUGCUUAAAUACUGGUUACAUGAGUUGAUGGGCCAGGCUCACUACAUUAGUCUAUAAGUGGAUCCAUUAAUAGUCUAAUGGAUCCACUUAACAAGAGAAAUAGCAAGAAAGAACAAAAUACAAUGAAAAUAAAAACAAAUAGAAAGGGAAAUCUUGGAAAGUUCAACAGGAAGUAAUCAAGUUCUUCGUACUUUCUUCUAUGGAAACUAAAGUAGCCAGUGAUUGAGUUUUUUUUAUUUCAGUUUAUACACAUCACUACUCAGUAGAUCCUUAGGUCAUGCAUGGACUUCUAAAUGUCUAUUUCUUCAAGGAUAAGCCAUUUCUCUUCAACUCUCUGCUGCUGUAGAAUCAUAUGCCAGAUCGUUGUGCUCACGAAGUUGAUUGAUUAUCCAUGAUGUAACAGCAUUUUUUGGGAUGUGACAUAAUUGAAACUAGCUAAGGAGAUCUUGAAACCACAUUAAUAGGGGCAUCAACAGAGAGAUGCUUUAGACUUGGCACGUUCUGAGGGAUUAUUGAGUUUCACAGAUUAGGCAAAAGCAUUUAACAAGCAUAAUAAACCGGGUGGAGGAAGAACACAUUCGGUUAGAGGAGGGGAAAAAGCUAGAGCUUAGUGUUUGGCGAAGUCUAAGCCUCAUUAUCCGCAAUGGAAAAGGGAUCUUUUUCCUUGAAUAGUUCUUAAUUUGCAGACUUAUUCUCUUGGUGCAGAGAUGAAAUCAUACCGGGAUAGUUGACUGAAAUGAGGGGGUAGGGCACAAAUUGGAAAUAGGGUUUGAGAGGGAACAACCAAACAGACUGUUUCUGUUUACUAGGACUUAGCCUGGAUAUUGGUUCUUUCUUGAGUCCAAAUCGAUCAGCACUUUGGCACCAUGAUGAAUCUUUAUUCCUUGCUAAACAUGAAAGAGACUGCAGGGGUAAGGAAUGCGCCGCAGGUACCUUUGACUCUCGAUACUAGGGUUUUGUCCUUUUGUGUCUUCCACCACGGAGGCCACAGCCUGUCCUCGUUGCAUCUAGCAAAUUAAAGGUUUGAAGUUCUUCUCUUUCUUCAUUAUUCCUCUUUCUCCUCUCUCCGUUACUGGGCAUGAGGUGCGGCUCUUUCCUAUUUAGUGUUCAUUGGCAUCUAAAAUGUUGGCCCAACGAAAUCAGGCAAUUUCCUGUCAGCUCUAUUUUUCUUUCAGAGAAUGUUUGGGGUGAUGACAUUUUUCUCCACGCAAUCAAAUGAAGAUCCAUGAAAAUAUCAUCUUUUAUAUGUUAAUUUUAUGGUUGGAAUCCGCAAAUAUCAGGCAACUAUUGAGGUUGGGCGUUAUGAAUGUAGCACGUUAACAUAUGUGAAAAGUAUCGAACUUUGUUGCAAUAUUUUGCAACGAAAUUCGCGUAUGCAUCUAUCCUUAAGCGGAAUGCAAAUUUUAUGCAUGCUUCAUUGAAAGUCAAAUAUAAGGACCUAGAUAGUAUGUUAUUUGCAUAGAGGAGUCCUCCUUUGCCUCUCUUUCCUGUUUCACUUCAUGCGUGAUCUCGAUGGCUAUCAUCUGGCCAUUUUCAUGACAAUUACAGUAUUCCUAUCCAAUCGCGCAUUAUUUUCAAAUCAGAGGAAAUAAUCAGUUUCUUUUCUCAGGCAACUUCCGAGUAUAGCGCUGAGCGACAAAUUCAUGAAAUUCUGUUCCCGAGGAUUCAGCAUAAGUGGCAGCAGCAGCAACAAGGGGCUCAUCAGAAUGAAUGAUUCUGUUCUUUCCGAUUUUCUGUCUGCCUCGCCUUGUAAAGUCCGCUCAACCAGCAGGUAGAUAAGCAUGGUCCAGUGCAUGGAACCCUUGUUAGUUUAGCUUCUAAUAUUUCUUGACGCGGUGUGGGGGUCUACGCUAGUGAGCAUUGCAGUGCAGCCAAUAUCAUUCAAUGGCAGAUUAGUUUUCCCUUGUAUCUAUCUCUAUAUCCGUCCAUCGCUUUCCAAUUCUGUUUGUGCCUUUAUCUAAGAUGGCGCAUCUGUUUAGGACCAGUCAAGAGUGAAGGCUUUUUUUUGGCUGAUUGUGGAGAAACGAAUUUUAAGUUCCAUUUUGGUUUUUGUCAUGCGACCUGGUUUUCUCGAAGGUCACGGUUCUCUAAAAUGGUGUGACUGAUCGCGUGUUACACCCCUGGCUCCACAAGAAUUUAUCCCUUGGAACUCGUUUCUCAUCGAACAAACUUGAUCUCUCAGGAGGCACACCAUGCCUAGAAGGUCCCGCAACCGACCAUAGGGCAAAGUAUGAUCCUCAUUUCCAAUAUUUUGUUAUCAAGGAAUUCCCAUGUAUAGGUGAAGUCAGCUUCUAGUACUGACGAAAUUAUUAUUAUAACCUGCUGUUGGAUGUCCUCAAGCUAAUUCUUGCAUCGCACCAGGCAAGGGUUCGACGAAGUCGGACACUGGUUACGACGCCAUGAUCCAAUUUUCUUGCAAAGGCGACUGCGGGAUACAGUCUGUCGCUAAUCAGCUCUUUUCUUGUGGGUGGACCAAUGGCGACCUCGAGUAUUAGUAAGUGUGAGGAACUACCUACUAUUUACCGCACCCAAAUACCACGCAGUGGUUCCCUGCUCGGUUUCUUCCCCCCGUUAGUUGUCAGCGGGGAACCCCCAGGGAGAGCAAGAUCCAAUGGCAACACCCCUAAACCAAAACAAUGUCUGCACAAAUCUCAUGCGCAAAAACUCUUGA